AUGGCAAAGACAAAAGAUGUCAACCAAAACUCCAUUUCUUACCCUGUUAGAGGAAGCAACCAGUUAUCAAAGGUGAUCUCUCCUGGGGAUUGCGUGCUUAUGCAACCUUGUGAGCCUAAUAAGCCACCCUAUGUUGCUCGCGUGGAGAAAUUAGAAGCUAACAACAAAGGUGAAACUACUGUCGAAGUAAGAUGGUAUUAUAGGCCUGAGGAGGCUAUUGGUGGCAGAAGACAGUUUCACGGGGAAAAGGAAGUGUUCCUCUCUGAUCACUAUGAUUUCCAAAGUGCCAAUACCAUUAUAGGGAAGUGUAUUGUGCACUCGUUUAAGGCUUAUUGCGAGCUUGAAGAAGUUGCUGUUGAGGAUUACUACUCUCGCUUUGAGUACCAAGCUUCCUCUGGAGAAUUUACAACGGAUCGUGUUGCAGUGUUCUGCAAGUGUGAAAUGCCGUACAAUCCUGACACCCUAAUGAUACAGUGCGACGAAUGCCAAGACUGGUACCAUCCAGCUUGCGUCAAAAUGACAACUGCUCGGGCAAGGCAGCUGAGCAGCUAUGUCUGUGAUGAGUGUUCCUGA